AUGGCCUGGAGUACAUCGAUCGAAAAUGAACGUGACGAACUGCGCAAAAGGUUUGUGUCUACCAUUCAUGAGGUUCAACAAAAAGCCGGUUUGAAGAACUUGUUACUGGAAAAACAGCUGACGGCUCUUACAGAAAUAGUGGAGAAAAAAGAGGCACACAUGAGCGAAGUGCUUAGCGUCAGUAAUCUGGAUCCAGCGGCCCUUGCGGCUUCUGCGAAGAAACUGAAUGAAAUCUUGGAAUCCAAAAAUAGUACAAUCAAGCAGCUGCAAUACGAGUUGGCUCGUGUGUGCAAGCCCAGCAGUGUCUGCUAA